GUAAUUAUAUACAAUCAAAAUUAAUUAGAGGAGCAAUGUGACUGAAGAUUAUAAUUGUUUUUUAUCAACAGUAUGACAUACUAUUUUUCCUACGAUGCAAGAACGAAAGUGAUUUUAAAUAAGACAUCAAGAUGCUGAUAAAAGAGUAUCGCAUUCCGCUACCCCUCACUGUUGAGGAGUAUCGAAUAGCUCAACUCUAUAUGAUAGCAAAAAAAAGUCGAGAGGAAAGCAGUGGUGCAGGCAGUGGAGUAGAAAUAUUAAUAAAUGAGCCGUAUACUAAUGGUCCUGGUGGUCAAGGACAAUACACGAAAAAAAUAUUUCAUGUUGGCAGUCAUUUACCAAGUUGGGUAAAAGGACUGUUGCCAAAAUCAGCUUUAACUACUGAAGAAGAAGCAUGGAAUGCGUAUCCUUACACUAAAACGCGAUACACUUGCCCAUUUGUAGAAAAAUUUUCAAUCGAAAUCGAAACAUAUUAUUUUUCUGAUAAUGGGCACCAGGAUAAUGUUUUUAAAUUAACCGGUAGUGAUUUACGAAAUCGACUUGUUGAUCUCAUAGAUGUGGCCAAAGAUCAAUUAUAUGGAGGUGAUUAUGUACGGGAAGAAGAUCCAUUGAUUUAUACAUCCGAAAAAACCGGACGAGGUCCUUUGUCUGAAAAUUGGUUAGAGGAAUAUUGGCGAGCUUGCGAAGGUAGAACUCAACCAACACCUGAUGGAAAAGCAAUAAUGUGUGCAUAUAAAUUAUGCCGAGUUGAGUUUAGGUAUUGGGGGAUGCAAACGAAAUUAGAAAAAUUUAUUCAUGAUGUUGCAUUACGUAAAACUAUGCUACGAGCUCAUAGGCAAGCAUGGGCAUGGCAAGAUGAAUGGCAUGGCUUAACUAUGGAAGAUAUCAGAGAAAUAGAAAGGCAAACACAAGCGGCACUUAGGAAAAAAAUGGGAGCAGAUGAAGGAAGUGAAGGUGAAGAAGAUGCGUCAGAUUCUCCAGAACAUGAGGCAUCGAAUAAUUCCCAGGAUAACGCAGCAGCCGUAAAAACAUUUCAAGUUGCUCUUGGUAGUAUUGAGGUAAAUGAAGAUCUUCCUAGUCCACCGGUCUUCAAAAAAAUUUUAUCGUCUUCUGCAUCGAAUUCAGAAAUGAAUGAUGAUUCCCAUCAAAAUUAUUCCAAUAAUGAACUGACUCUUACUUUUAAUAAUUCAAAUGAGAAACAACGAUGGCAAGGUCCCAAAAAUAUUCAACCAUCACAAGGAUUACAUUCACCCGGAUCCACCUCUAUUAAAAGUUUCGAUAUACAAGUAGCAAACUGGCGGAUGGAAGGUUUAGAACGGGAUUCGGAUACAAAUUCAGAAGAUGAAUUUUUCGAUGCUUGCGAACAAUUGAGUGAAUCAGCUUCAUUAGCAAAAUGGAGCUCUUUACAAUUGUUAAAUGAAGAAGAUGAUUCAACAUCGCCUACUAGUGGCAGAGAUAGAAACGAUGAUAGCAUAUUUAAUCCCUCAUAUUUACAACGUGUUGCGAGUGAGCGUGGUAAUAAAACUACGAUUGGACAAAGAAGUAUAGAAAAAUCAUGUCCAGGUUCACCAAACAUUAGUUCUGCCUGUAGUACAACAAUUUUGGUAUUAGUUUUACAUGCUGGAAGUGUUUUGGAUUCGAAUGUGGAUAUGGCAGCUAAAAAAUCAGAUGUAACAACAUUCCGUGGAGCAUUUGAAUCUGUAAUGCGUCAACAUUAUCCGUCUUUAGUUGGACAUAUUACAAUUAAAUUAGUUACUUGUCCAUCAAUUUGUACCGAAAGUUUAGGAGUUUUAUCUAGUUUAAGUCCAUAUAGUUUUGAUGUAUCACCUUCAGCAACGGACAUUCCUCAUAUAACACACGACUCAAUACCAAUUGGUGCUAUACCAUUACUUUCUUGUACAAGUCCAGAAUAUCAAGAAGUUGUUUCACGUACAAUUAUAAGUGCAAAUAACAUUUAUCAAGAAUUUCUCAAAAGUGAAGAAGGAAAUGGUUUUUGUGGUCAAGUAUGUUUAGUUGGAGAUUCGAUGGGUUCAAUUUUAGGUUAUGAUGCAUUAUGCCGUUCAAAUAAAUCAAACCAUAAUCAAGAUAAUGACACUGUCAUUGAGGCUGAUAUUACUGUACAAGCAGAAGAUGGCAGUUCAUUAAUACCAAUACCAUCUUUACGAAGAUCUUCAUCGAGCGAUUCAAAUGCAAAUGCCAAAUUUGAAUUUGAAAUAUCAGAUUUAUUUAUGUUUGGAAGUCCAUUAGCAUUAGUUUUAGCCUUUAGAAAAAUAGCAUCACAUGACAGAAGUAACUCAAUUAUGCGACCAAACGUGCAACAAGUAUACAACCUAUUUCAUCCAACGGAUCCAGUUGCAACACGUAUAGAACCAUUACUGUCAGCACGUUUUUCUAUGCUUCCACCAGUAAACGUUGCUCGAUAUGCCAAAUAUCCUUUAGGAAAUGGACAACCUUAUCACUUAUUGGAAUUUUUACAAAGUAAUCCUCAAAUGUUCUCUGAUGGUUUAAAUUGUUCAUCACGACGCCUUUCAGAAGUAUCUAUACAAAGUACUUUAUCUGGAUUAAUGGAUAAUGUCCCGUUACAAGCAAUUAAUUCAUUGCAACAAAAAUGGUGGGGAUCAAAACGAGUUGAUUAUGCGUUAUAUUGCCCCGAAGGAUUAUCAAACUUCCCUACGAAUGCAUUACCACAUUUAUUACAUGCAAGCUAUUGGGAAAGUAGUGAUGUAAUCGCUUUUAUAUUACGUCAAGCUGGUCGAUUAGAAGGUGCACCUUUAGCUGGUCUUGAUGAUCGGGAUGCUUGUUUCCGUCCUGCCCAACCACGAGAAAAAUGGAUUAAGAAACGUACUAGUGUUAAAUUAAAGCCACCAAUUACCAGUACCAAAACCAUACAAUGGCUUAAAAUGCAUGCAAUUGUUGAUGGAAAGAAUGUGGCUGCAAAUCAUCGUGCAAAUGACGUAAUAGUUUUGGAAGGUUCAGCACAAGUAUUAAUCGCUCGAUUUAUGUAUGGUCCAUUGGAUAUGAUAACCUUAGCAGGUGAAAAAGUUGACAUACACAUAAUGCGUGAAGCUCCUGCAGGUGAAUGGAUAUUCUUAUCUACGGAAGUAACUGAUAAAACUGGACGUAUUACGUAUACGAUACCGCCAGAAAAAUCAUUGGGCUAUGGUUUAUAUCCAAUAAAAAUGGUUGUGAGAGGUGAUCAUACGUGUGUUGAUUUUUAUAUGGCUGUUAUCCCUCCAAAAACAGAAUGUAUUGUAUUCAGUAUUGAUGGUUCGUUUACCGCAAGUAUGUCUGUUACUGGACGAGAUCCGAAAGUACGUGCAGGUGCUGUUGAUGUUGUAAGAUAUUGGCAAGAAUUGGGAUACUUUAUUGUAUAUACAACUGGUCGACCAGAUAUGCAACAUGGCCGAGUAGUGUCAUGGCUUUCACAGCAUAAUUUUCCACAUGGAUUAGUGUCAUUUGCUGAUGGAUUGUCUACUGAUCCGUUGGGUCAUAAAGCUGCUUAUUUAAAUAACUUAGUACAAAAUCAUAAGGUGGUAAUACACGCAGCUUAUGGAAGCAGUAAAGAUAUUAGUGUUUAUAAUAGCAUAGGACUGACUCAAAAACAAAUUUAUAUCGUUGGUAAAGCAUCGAAAAAGCAACAAAAUCAAGCAAUAGUGCUGGUUGAAGGAUAUGCAGCUCAUUUAGCUAUAUUAAUGAGUCACGGUGGUUCUCGUCCAGCUCAAGGAAAUGCUCGUAUGGUAAUCCCACGUGGUUAUUUUGGUCUUCCUGGACAGAAUGCAUCAUUUCGCAGACGAAGAUCGCAAAAACGUUCUACAUCUUAUCCUACUGUAACAAAUACAACGUCAGUAGAACGAUCGUUAAGUACACGACGAACACCGUUAGGUCGUCCAACACUUGCUACGAUAUCAGCUCAUAGCAACAGUAGUUCUUUCAACAGUAAUUUUGGUGGUGGUUAAAUGUACAAAAAACAAUAUGAUUCCGUAUUUAUAAUAAAAAUAAGGACAAAACCAUAUAAUUCAGACUGAUGACACAUCUAAUUAUGAUUUUAAUUAAUCAAGAAGUAAAUUUAAUUGAUGUGAUAUAAAUUAACUGAAAGUCAGUGAAUCUGUGUU